ACUUCUGCAUGCAAGUAUCAUGCUCCAAAUAUAUUUUUCAUCUUUACUUUUUCUGACGGAAAGGGCUCAAGUACUUUGGGAAGCAAAACAGAAUUGACAGACCCCGAAAAGAUACACAGCAGGCAUGUAGGGUAGCGUGGGUGGCAACUGUUCUUACAUAAUUUUAAUUUGAAUUAAACGUAAUGUAACUAAUAAAUUACUUUUUAGAUUUCCCUUUGCCAUAAACAGGGAAUAUAACUAACAUCAAAGAUUCCAGACUCUCGACACAAUAUACUACUAAUCGUAACACAGUUCUAGAGAAUCAAAAAAGGUAGAGAAGUUUGGACCGCGGAACAGACCUGGUGGAAUGUCGACCCAAAGCGUUUCAGGGUAGACAAAGCCUACUGAGAACACCCUAAACGCGGAGUUUUGCUAAGUAGGGGACGCUGAAAGGCAAGGGAGCGACAGGAAGCCCGGAGGCUAAUUCGCCAUUAAGAAACAGAACCGUGGCUUCUCCCACCUCCAGCGUCAUCGGCCCCCAAUCCACUGUUAACAAACGGAUAGUGUCUCGCAGCAUCAGACAAGGGACUUGGAAAUCAGUUUGAGACCACGCAUCUGCGCCUCUUCUAACAAACGAGGAAGGCGGGUCCAACAUACUUCACAGUAACAACAUACUUCACAGGGCUCACUGCAAACGCCCUCCCUGCAGCGAACAGUUAUCUCGCGAGACGACGGGUCCCCAGAAGUCACAAACCUAGCGCCAAGAUUGGCUGUCAAGGUAGAGUCCAGGGUGCGGAAGUGGCUUUGUGGUGCCACCUUUGGCCGCUCAGAGGUCAACACCCAUUCUACACCGAAAACUAGGCCUUGGCUACUAUGGAAGGACAGCAGGGGGAAAAAAGCCACGCAACCCUAACACUCGCCCAGGCUCAUUUCAACAAGGGCGAGUACGCGGAGGCCGAGACGCUGUACUCCGCUUACAUUCGCCAGUGCGCCUGCGCGGCCUCCAGCGGCGAGAGUCCCGGGAGCAAAUGCAGCCCUGAGGAUUUGGCUACUGCAUAUAACAACAGGGGGCAAAUCAAGUACUUCAGGGUUGAUUUUUAUGAAGCCAUGGAUGACUACACAUCUGCCAUAGAAGUCCAACCCAAUUUUGAAGUUCCAUAUUACAACAGAGGGUUGAUACUGUAUAGGUUGGGAUAUUUUGAUGAUGCUUUGGAAGAUUUCAAGAAGGUCUUAGACUUAAAUCCUGGAUUUCAAGAUGCUACUUUGAGCUUAAAACAGACUAUUCUAGACAAAGAAGAAAAACAAAGAAGAAAUGUUGAAAAAAAUUAUUGAGAUUUUUAACUUAAUGGAAGUAUUGAUUCAUGAUCCUUACAUCUGCAUCUAGUUAUCAGUAAUUUAAAAUAGAUAUUGAGCUAUUUUGAUUUAUAUUUAAGAAAUUAAUACAUUAGCACUGAAAGUUAAAUAGUGUGUUUAAGGUAAUUUCAGGUUGAAUGGAUUUUUUUAUGAAGUGUAAAUAAUACCAAUGUAUAAGUGUAUAUUAUUAUAUUAAAUAUUACAGUAAAAAGGAAUGUGUGGUGUUUUCCUCAGUAAAACUAUUUUUGUGAUUUUUUUAUUCUCAACUAUUUUAAAAAUGUUACAUCUACAGAAAAGUUGAAAGUAUAAUAAAAUAAACUCUUCAGUUAAAUU